AUGCCUAGCAAAGCACCCCACAACAACGCUGGAAAGGACGGCGACGAUAGCAUGACCGUGGUUGUACCGCCGUCAAAAGCUCCUAAGCAGCAUGCCCCGGCAACUGACGCUGAAGGCGACGUGGCAAUGGAUGUCGACAGCGCCGAAGGCAAGGAGGAGAAGGUUGAUCCCGCAGUGCAAGCUGUAGCAGACAUCAAGAGCAACUUUGCUCUUCUUGACCGAGCUGUUGCGCUCUUCGACGCCCGCUUCUCCCUGCGAGCCCUCCGAUCAAUCUCUCUCAUCCGCAAGCACCUAUCACCAGAUGUCAUUGCACAGGCGAUUGCCGACACAUACCCCGCCAAUUCGGCGUCGGACAGCAUUGCGAAGAGCCUCCUAGCUGCCGUUGACCGAGGAAACGUCACGCUUGGCCGUGCCGCCAGCGCCGAGAUGGACGUGGACAGCGACGUCAAGACCGUCAAGAAUGGAACUUCUAAGAAGGAACCCAAGGAGAUCAUUCCGGAGAUUGACGUCUUCCUGGGCAUCCUGGUCCAAGUUCAUCUUUUUGACGCUAAACAGUACCAGCAAGGAGCCGAGUUCUCCAAAUUCCUGUCUGAUCGCAUCCAGACUCUGAACCGUCGAACGCUGGACUGCCUCUCCGCCAAGGUCUACUUUUACUUUUCACUCUUUUGCGAGUACAUUGCUCCGCUGCCCCCGUCUCCCGAAUCGCCCAUUGUGGCUAUUCGACCUACUCUUCUUGCCGUCCUUCGAACUGCCGUGCUACGUAAGGACACCGACACUCAGGCUUCGGUCAUUGUCCUUUUAUUAAGAAACUAUCUCUUGACCUCCCAUAUUAAGCAAGCCGACCUGCUUGUCUCACAUACACAGUUCCCCGAGAACGCUGCCAACAACCAAGUGGCACGAUUCUUGUAUUAUCUGGGUCGGAUCCGAUCCAUCCAACUGCGAUACACGGAGGCGCACGAGCAUCUCACAGCCGCCACCCGCAAGGCGCCGUCGAGCGGCUGUGCCGUGGGAUUUUCACAAACUGCCACCAAGCUGUUGCUUGUUGUUGAGCUGUUGAUGGGAGAUAUCCCCGACAGAGCUACCUUCCGCCAGCCUUCUCUGGAGGAUGCUCUCCACCCAUACUUUUUGCUGGUUCGCGCCGUGCGAGUGGGCAACCUGGAAGACUUUGAGACUACCAUCGCUGAUAACGCCGACAUCUUCAAGCGAGACGGAACCUAUACACUUAUCCUUCGUCUGCGCCAAAACGUCAUCAAGACCGGCAUUCGUAUGAUGUCUCUGUCAUAUUCGCGUAUUUCGCUGCGUGACAUUUGCAUCCGACUUCAUCUGGGUAGCGAGGAAUCGGCCGAGUACAUUGUCGCAAAGGCCAUCCGAGACGGCGUAAUUGAGGCCACUUUGGAUAGAGAAAACGGAUUCAUGAAGAGCAAGGAGGUGGGUGAUGUGUAUGCGACAAGAGAGCCAGGAGAGGCGUUCCAUGACCGAAUCCGGGCGUGCCUUGCUCUUCACGAUGAGAGCGUCAAGGCAAUGCGUUUCCCCAUGAAUCAACACCGCCUCGAGCUCAAGAACGCCCAAGAGGCGCGCGAGCGCGAGCGAGAAAUGGCCAAGGAGAUUCAGGAGGGCGACCUGGACGACGAUGACCUUGGUGGAGAUUUGGAUGGCAUCUAA